AUGGCAGCUGAUUCACCGGAUUCCUCAUUCACAUGGUCUGAUUAUUCGAUAAGCGAGGACGAUGCCUAUGUUUACUGUCGACUGGGAAGCAGUCCUAGCAAAGCACGUACUGUAGAGAAAGCUGAAUCACCAAAACCUACCCUUGAAUCGUGGAGAUCCUGUCGAGAUUCGGGAUUUGUUGAUCACGUGCAGCUUCUCAACCGUUCGACAAAUUCAGAAGCUCACUACGAUGACCAUGUUUAUUACAAUUUACUGCCCUACCAAGAAAAGGCAGACGAUCAUGAUUACACAUAUCCUGCUCUCGCAACAGAGAGCAGCCAAGACGUCAGAAUUCGAAGACCCAAAGGAGGGCUUAGUUUGAGAUAUGCCAGAAGAAAACUUCGGCGAUUCGACAGCACACUGAGCACGCUUUCUGUGAGAACCGUCGUCAAUGGGGCUCGCCCUUAUCAAGGGUGCCAAGAGGGACACACGACCCCCCAUCUAAGGGCCACUUUCAAGAAACCAAUCGCUCAAAGACGACCCUGCGUGGAAUGCAGAGAGGAAGAACUGAGAAACUUCGAGAAGUCAGAAGGAAUGAAGAACGAAUGCGAGAGUGUUCGUAAAGCCAAAGAUAACGAAGCGAUCGAAUUAUAUGCUCGUCUUAUCGUCAUCGCAAUGGAGGAGUUGCGAGCUGAACCCGACGGAAUGGAGCGGACCGCAGCCUUCCAGCGAAAGAUUGAGAAAAUCCUGAGACUGCGGACAGGGCUCGAUUUGUCCGUGCCCGAUGACGACUUCAAAAAGAGUGCACAAUUGUUUGAGACGUUACUCGAACGACGUCUUCGUGCAAUCAACGACAUCUCACCCUACAGUUGCCAGAAGAUAGCCGACAAGCUCUGCCUGAUACAAAGUGCUGCUCGCCGACCAAAGACACCGUUCGUGCAUCUAAGCUUCAUUAGAAGAGGAAUUCGAAAAUUUCUCGGAUUCCUCUAG